UAUUAGUAUUCUAUUUUCCACCUAAAAGAAAGGUAAUUUAAUUGACUGCACCAUUUUAGAGAGAGAGAGAGAGAGAGAGAAAGGAAGCAGUGAAAGAUCCAUUCCUUGCUUAUAAGCUUGUGUUUGUUUAGGGUUCAGACACCCCCAUAACAAAUUACCUAUUCUCUUUGGUUUUCUUUCUAAUUACAAUCAUAAUACACCCUUUUGAUGAGCUUUUCUUUUUUCUGACCAAACCAACCACAACUAGAGUUUUCAAAAGAGGUGUUAGACAAGAUGGUUGAAGAAACAAUUCCAAUUCCAAAUGGUUUUGUUCAGAACCCAGUUGGUGGAUCAAAUCCUCCUGCUGCAAAGAAGAAGAGAAACCUUCCAGGAACCCCAGAUCCUGAAGCUGAAGUCAUAGCCUUGUCACCGAAGACUCUGAUGGCUACUAACAGAUUCUUAUGUGAAAUAUGCGGAAAGGGUUUUCAAAGAGAUCAGAAUCUGCAGCUUCAUCGACGAGGACAUAACCUUCCAUGGAAGCUGAAGCAAAGGACUAGCAAAGAAGCAAGAAAACGCGUUUAUGUUUGUCCCGAAAAGACUUGUGUCCAUCACCACCCUUCUAGGGCUCUGGGUGACCUAACAGGUAUUAAAAAGCACUUUUGUAGGAAACACGGAGAGAAGAAGUGGAAGUGUGAGAAGUGCUCAAAGCGAUACGCUGUGCAAUCCGACUGGAAAGCGCACUCGAAAACCUGUGGCACUAAGGAAUACAAAUGUGACUGUGGAACUAUAUUUUCGCGGCGGGAUAGCUUUAUCACCCACAGGGCAUUCUGCGAUGCCUUGGCUGAGGAAACUGCAAGAGUAACUGCGGCAUCUAACAUGAACAACUUGGCCAACAGUAGUCUCAAUUAUCAUCUUAUGGGGACUCCACUAGGGCCAACCAUGGCGCAACAUUUCUCUUCUAUUUUCAAGCCAAUCUCAAGCAGUGACGAAACAAUGGAUCAAACAAGGCGAGGACUCUCCCUAUGGAUGGGUCAAGGAUCUCAAGCCCAUGAAACAAUAGGCAAUAAUCUCCAAGAAAUUCAUCAACUUGGUUUUGUGAAUUCAGGAUCCCUGUAUGGAGAUCCUCUUGUUUCUUGUUCAAAUCCCCCACCAUCGGAUUAUCAAUUAAAUUGGGUGUUCGGAAAUAAGCUCUCUCCAAAUAAUGCUGAAGCCCUAUCGAGCACUUCGCUCCCAUUAAGCGAUGUUAAGGAAGCUGGAACUCAGCUUGUGAGUGUUCCUUCUCUGUUUAGUUCCCAACUCUCGCAUCAAGCAACGUCGGCUAACAUGUCAGCCACAGCUUUGUUGCAAAAAGCUGCACAAAUUGGUGCAACUUCAACAGAUUCCUCGUUCUUAGGGAAUUUUGGGUUGAAGUGCAGCAACAAUCAAGUUCAAGAUGGAAACAAAUAUUGUGGAUUGUAUGGUUCAAAUUCAAACACAAUAGGCAACAAUCUCGGAAGCGAUGUGGAGAACUCGGGGAGUGACAUUACAACUUUGAAUCAGCUGCAAAUGUACCCGGCAGCCAAACGCCGGCACCUGCAGAGUGAUGACAGUAGCGGAGGACAAACCAGAGACUUCUUGGGCGUUGGCGUGCAAGCUGUCAGUUGUCACCCAUCAUCCAUCAAUGGAUGGAUUUAAUUAAUGUGAUCAAAUUACAUGGGAAAUUUCGUGAGUUGCAUAUUUUCUCAAUGGAAAGCAAGUUGAUGUAAUAAAGUGGAGUUGAAGUUGGGGAGAAAGAAAGAGGGAGAAUUUAUUAAUUUGAUACAUUGCACGGGGAGAGGAAAAGGUAGGCAUUGAGUGCUUAAAAGUUGUGUGCUCAGAAAAACUAUUCCAAGAGGUUGAGGAGGAACAUCCAUGCAUAUUCUGUUGAACCAUGAAAGCUAUUCCCUUUAAAGCUUUUAUUUUUGAUAAAAAGGGGGUGAAGUGGUGGGGGCAAAGUAAGAGCCCCUUUUGAGCUCCAUUAUUGCAAUCUUUCGUAUCUCUGUGUUGUGGAUGUUGUCUUGUCCAACUGGAUCUAAAAGACUAUUUCCAGUUGCAAAACGCUUGAUGAUUCUAGUACAAAUACCUUUACCCCUGUUGUUUAAAAUAAACUAUAGCUUUUUCCAUUACUUAA